AUGACCAGAGUUUACGACAACUGGGACAGGCUGGUCGGAGCUACGUUGCUUAGGGAGGAGCUCCGGCUCAUUGCUCAAAGAACUCCCAGCGAUAUUUCUUCAGCAUCACCAUCACCUUCUUCAACAUCAUCAUCAUCAUCAUCAUUAGCCAGGAAGUCAUUUACAUAUGGACAAAUCCUCCAAGCCACCCACAACUUGAGUAGCUCCAACUUGAUCAUGGCUGGCCUCACGGGGGAUCUGUAUACAGGUGUUUUAGAGGGCAGAAUACGGGUAGUAGUCAAGAAAGUCCACUCGUCCUUCACGAAAGAGGACUUUUACCUGAAACAGGAAUUGUUAUUUUAUUCCAAAGUUACUCAUCCUAGAUUUGUCCCUCUUUUGGGACAUUGCUUGGAGAAUGAGAUGCACAAGUUUCUUGUUUACAAAUUUAUGCCUCGUAUGGACUUGUACAGCUUUUGGUUCAAGAAAGCUGUUCAAUCUCACAAUGAUGACUGUUUAGAUUGGUUGAGCUGGGACAAGAGAUUAAAGAUAGCAAGAGGAGUUGCUGAGGGUCUGGAUUAUUUACACCAUAAAUGUGAUCCACCACUUGUUCAUAGAAAUAUUGAUGCUGGCGGCAUACUUCUUGAUGAUAAUUUUGAAGCGCGGCUAGGGAGGCUUAAUCAGGUCUGUACUGAGGUGAAAGAGACAAAUCGGAACAAGGUGGCUAGGUUCCUGCAGUUGACAAAGGAUUCUGAAAAAAGAAGUCCUGGUACAUCUGAAGCAACAUGUGCCUUCGAUGUUUUUUGCUUUGGGAAACUUUUGCUCGAGCUAGUCACAGGCAAGCUGAAUUUCAGACCUCCCAAUUUUCCCAUAAUGAAGGAUGAUACGAUGGCAAACACCUUGUCUUACAUCACUUCACUUGAUAAGAAGCUUAUUGGAAACAUUGUGGACCGGUCUUUAAUCAUUGAUGAGGAACUUUUGAUGGAGGUAUGGGCUAUAGCUUUUGUUGCCAAGGCCUGUCUUGACCCCAAGCCCUCUAAGCGACCAGAAUUGUCAUUCAUACUUGAGGCUUUACACAAUCCUAUGACUGUUGUAACCAGUAACUUUCUCCGGUGGCCGAGCCGUCGAAAAGGCAAAAAUACCCAAAAGACUGAAGGCAGGUAGUGUGGCAUUGGUCUAGAUUCUAGAGUUGGAAGUCCUUGUUUCAUUUUCUGGGCAUGGCUAAUAAUGCUUGUUCUUCAAUGGCAAAACAAGGUCGAGUAUGUAUUUCUAUUUAUUAUGUCUUCUAUAUUUAGAGGGGCAUACUCUUGCCCACAUGCAUGAAUUAUGUAGUGGCUUGUUUGUCCACUGUAAUGAGAA